CUUUCUAAGGAAACAGACAAAAGGACAUUGGUGUAAAACUCCUCCAAACAAUUCAAUAGGAGGAAGUGCUCGUCACUGGCUCUCCCCCCACCAUGAAGGCACGUUUCCUUCCUAGUCUCGGCUUCUCUUAUCUGGGAGAAUUUUUUUUCCCCCCAAGCGAAGCAUGAACGGGUGUUAAGUGGAAAAUGGAGGCUGAAUUUUACAUGGCGGUUCUUACCUGCUUGCUCCUCGGGAACUCAGAGGGGUUUCAGAUUGUCCAUGUCCAGAAACAACAAUGCCUUUUCAAACACAACAUAGUGGCCAUGGGCUUGUGCAAUGAGACCAGCCAAAACCAUCAGUGGAUGUGGACUGAGAAGGAAAAACUCCUCCAUGUUAAAUCCAACCUGUGCCUGGGCGUCUCCAACUCUUCCCGGGGCCCUUCCCGGGCAGCCAUCUUCACGCCCUGCUCCCAGGCACCCCGCUGGACCUGUUAUGAGGAAGGGGGCUUCCUGGAGGUGGAAAAUGCCUCUCUGUUUCUCAAGAAACAAGGCUUCAGGGUCAUGGUCAAAAAGGACAAGAAAUACCUGCACAGCUGGAUGAAACUAGAGGUCAACGAGGAGGGAAAGCUGGCCAACGAAAGCAUCUGCUUGAGAAAAGCUCUCCUGGGAGCAGAAGUUUCAGUGAGAAGCACAAGAGGCACUGAUCUGUCCCGAGUCCCCACUACUUUUCAUGCAGUCACAUAUAGCACAACCAACCUUAUUAGGAACACCACAGAGGCCUGCACCCGGAGCACGACAGAAAUCUACAGUCCCAGCAGCAGCAAGAAGCAGAGCCCCAGUAUGCAGACAGCCGGAAUUACAGCGACACCGUGGGUUCAAACAACCACCCAGACGCAGUCCAGCACCCCGGAAGAGACUGGACUAGGGGAGCCAGGCAGAUGCAACUUCACCCUGAUGGAGCCCAGGGUCUCCAGCCAUGCCAUGUCGCUCCAGUGGAGAACUUUGGGGUCACCCUGUAACUUUAGCCUCAUCUAUAACAGUGACACUUCAGGCACUGCUUGGUGCUACCCAGUGCAGAUCGACAACACCACCUACGAAUGCAACCCCAAGGAUUUACAAGCGGGAACCAUCUAUCACCUCAGGAUUGUGUCUCUGGACGGAGAAGAGAGGACUGUGACCUUGCAAACAGAUCCUCUACCGCCCGUGAGGUUUGAAGUCAAGAAAAAGCAGAGCACUCCAGCCAGUUUGCAGGUUUGGUGGGCUCCUUCUCCCGGGACAGUCACCUGGUAUGAGGUGCAGUUGUUCAAUGACAAGAACCAAGAGAUCCAGAGGGCGCAAGUUCAAGGCAAUACUUCACAGACUGCGUACACUUUUCCUAACCUCACUGCUGGUAAUAAGUACAGUAUUGCCAUCUUAGCUGUUUCUGGAAAUAAACGUUCGUCUACAAUUUAUACCAAUGGAUCCACAGUGCCAUCUCCAGUGAAAGAUAUUGGGAUUUCCACCAAAACCGAUUCUCUCUUGAUUUCCUGGUCUCCUGGCUCGGGGAAUGUGGACCGAUACCAGCUGAUGCUAAUGGAUAAAGGGAUUCUAGUCCAGGCCAGCACCGGGGACAAGCAGGCUACUGCCUUCACUUUUCGUGGGCUGACCCCUGGUCACCUCUACAACCUCACUAUUGUGACAGAGGCUGCCGGCCUGCAAAACUACAGAUGGAAACUCGUCCGGACAGCCCCCAAGGAGGUCUCAAAUUUGAAGGUAACCAAUGAUGGCAGUUCGACCUCUCUAAGCGUCAAGUGGCAAAGACCUGUUGGAGAUGUGGAUUCCUACAACAUCACCCUGUCUCACCAAGGGACCAUGAGGGAGCACAAAUUAGCACCUCAGCUUACUGACAUCCACUUUAAAGACUUAACCCCUGGGCGCCUUUAUCAAGUUACCAUCAGCUGCAUCUCCGGUGAAUUGUCUGCUCAGAAGAUGGCGGUUGGCAGAACAGUUCCAGACAAAGUGGGGAACCUGGAGGCCAGCAGCCAUGGCCGGGCCCUUGAAGUGAGCUGGCUGCCCCCUGCUGGAGACUGGGAGCAGUACCAACUCGUGCUCUUCAAUGCGUCCUCGGUGCUGCUCAACAUCACCGUGGCCAAGGACGAAACGCGGUAUGUCAUUGAUGAUCUAGGGCUCAUACCGGGAAGACAGUACGAUGUCGAGGUCACUGUUCACAGUGGGAACCUGAAGAACUCUGCGCGUUGCCAAGGCAGGACAGCCCCCCUGGCUGUGCUUCAGCUGCGUGUCAAACAUGCCAACGAGACCUCGCUGGGCAUUCUGUGGCAGGCCCCGGUGGCAGAAUGGGAGAAUUACAUCAUUUCACUAGCUGAUAGAGACCUCUUGCUCAUCCACAAGUUGCUCUCCAAGGAUGCCAAAGAAUUCACUUUUACUGACCUGGUGCCUGGGCGGAAGUACAAGGCUACGGUCACCAGUAUUAGUGGAGACUUAAAAAAUUCAUCUUCAAUAAAUGGAAGAACAGUGCCUGCCCAGGUGACUGGCCUGCAUGUGGCCAACCAAGGGACGACCAGCAGUCUGCUGACUCACUGGACCCGGGCCCUGGGCGACAUACAGUCCUACCAGGUGUUACUGAUCCACGACAACGUGGUCAUCAAAAAUGAAAGCGUAUUAAGCGACAUCAGCGAAUACAGCUUCCACGGUCUCAAGCCAGGCAGCCUCUACUCUGUGGUGGUCACAACCGUGACUGGAGGCAUCUCUUCCCGACAAGUUGUGGCGGAGGGGAGAACAGUGCCUUCCAGUGUGAGCGGCGUCACGGUGAACAACUCUGGUCGUGAGGACUACCUGGGCAUUUCCUGGCUGCCGGCACCUGGAGAUGUGGACAACUACGUGGUGACGCUCUCCCAUGACCAGGUGUUUCAGUCCCUCCUUAUUGCAAAGUCUGUCAGCGAGUGUUCCUUCAGCGCCCUCACUCCAGGCCGCCUCUACAACAUCACCGUCACCACCAGGAGCGGCAAGUAUGAAAAUCACUCCUUCAGCCAGGCGCGGACAGUGCCUGACAAGGUCCAGGGCGUCAGUAUUAGCAACUCAGCCAGGAGUGACUAUUUGAAAGUCUCCUGGGUGCAUGCCACUGGAGACUUUGAUCACUACGAAGUCACCAUUAAAAAUCAAAACAACUUCAUCCAAACCAAAAGCAUUCCCAAGUCUGAGAACGAGUGUGCGUUCGUGAAGCUAGUCCCUGGGCGGUUGUACAGUGUCACAGUUACAACAAAAAGUGGACACUAUGAAGCCAGUGCACAAGGCAAUGGGAGAACAAUCCCGGAGCCCGUGAAGAACUUGACACUGCGGAAUUGGAGUACGGAGGAGCUACAGGUGACUUGGACAAGAGCUGAUGGGGAUAUCGACCAGUAUGAGAUCCAGCUGCUCUUCAAUGACCUGAAAGUAUUUCCUCCUUUUCACCUUGUAAACACUGCGACUGAGUAUCGGUUCACCUCCCUAACACCAGGGCGUCAGUAUAAAAUUCUUGUCUUGACCAUCAGUGGAGAUGUACAGCAGUCAGCCUUCAUUGAGGGCUCAACGGUUCCUAGUGCUGUCAAAAAUAUUCACAUUUCUCCCAACGGGGCAACAGAUAGCCUGACAGUAAGCUGGACACCUGGUGGGGGAGAUGUUGAUUCUUACCUGGUGUCGGCGCUCCGGCAGAAUCGGAAGGUUGAGUCUCAACCUGUCCCCAAGCACCUGUACGAGCACACCUUCCACAGACUGGAGGCCGGGGAGCAGUACCAGAUUGUGAUCGCCUCCAUCAGUGGGUCCCUGAGGAAGGAGGUCAACGCCCUCGGGCGGACAGUUCCAGCGUCUGUCCCAGGAGUCACAGCGGACAAUGCCUACAGCAGCCAUUCUCUAGUAGUAACUUGGCAGAAAGCUGUUGGGGUAGCAGAGAGAUAUGAUCUCCUGCUUCUAAAUGAGAACAGCGUUCUUCUCAGCAACACGUCAGAGCCUGCCACUGCUCGGCAACAUAAAUUCGAAGAUCUAACACCAGGAAAGAAAUACAAGAUACAGAUCCUAACCGUCAGUGGGAGCCUGUUUAGCAAGGAAGUGCAAACGGAAGGCCGAACAGUGCCUGCAGCUGUGACCAACCUGAGGAUCACAGAGAAUUCCACUGGACACCUGUCCUUCAGCUGGACCACCUCGGAGGGGGAGCUCAGCUGGUACAACAUCUUCCUGUACAACCCAGAUAGAACUCUCCAGAAGAGAUCUCAGGUUGAGCCACACAUUCAGAGCUUCUCUUUCCGGAACUUGCUCCAAGGCCGGAUGUACAAGAUAGUGAUUGUAACUCACAGCGGAGAGCUGUCCAGUGAGUCUUUCAUAUUUGGCAGAACCGUCCCAGCCUCAGUGAGUAACCUCAAGGGGUCCAAUCGGAACAUGACGGACAGCCUGUGGUUCAGCUGGAGUCCAGCGUCUGGGGACUUCGACUUUUAUGAGCUGAUUCUCUACCACCCCAAUGGCACGAAGAAGGAAAACUGGAAAGACAAGCACCUGACCGAGUGGCGUUUCCACCGCCUGGUUCCCGGACGAAAGUACACACUGUGUGUGAUAACUCACAGUGGGGAUCUCACCAACAAGAUCACCAGCGAGAGCAGAACGGCCCCAAGUCCUCCCAGCCUUAUGACAUUCGCUGAUGUGGCAAACACGUCCCUGGCUAUCACGUGGAAAGUGCCCCCGGACUGGACAGACUACGAUGACUUUGAGCUGCAGUGGUUCCCCAAAGACGCCCUCACUGUCUUCAACCCCUACAGCAGCAGAAAGUCUGAAGGACGCAUUGUGUAUGGUCUUCACCCGGGAAGAUCCUAUCAAUUCAGUGUCAAGACUGUAAGCGGCGAUUCCUGGAAAACCUACAGUAAACCAAUUUUUGGAUCCGUGCGGACAAAGCCGGACAAAAUACUGAACUUGCACUGCCGGCCUCAGAACUCCACUGCCAUCGCCUGCUCCUGGAUCCCUCCCGAUUCGGACUUUGAUGGGUACAGCAUUGAGUGUCGGAAAAUGGACACACAAGAAGUUGAGUUUUCCAGAAAGCUGGAGAAAGAAAAAUCUCUGCUCAACAUCAUGAUGCUAGUGCCUCACAAGAGGUACCUGGUGUCCAUCAAGGUGCAGUCGGCCGGCAUGACCAGCGACGUGGUUGAGGACAGCACCAUCACAAUGAUAGACCGCCCCCCUCCGCCACCUCCACAUAUCCGUGUGAAUAAAAAGGAUGUGCUAAUUAGCCAGUCCUCCAUCAACUUCACUUUCAACUGCAGCUGGUUCAGUGACACCAAUGGAGCCGUGAAGUACUUCACCGUGGUGGUGCGAGAGGCUGAUGGCAACGAUGAGCUGAAGCCAGCACAACGGCACCCUCUGCCCACCUACCUGGAAUACCGGCACAACUCCUCCAUUCGAGUCUAUCAGACCGAUUAUUUUGCAAGCAAAUGUGCUGAAAGUCCCGACAGCAACUACAAGAGUUUUCACAUUAAGCUUGGAGCAGAGAUGGAGAGCCUGGGUGGAAAAUGUGAUCCAAAUCAGCAAAGGUUUUGUGACGGACCACUGAAACCUCGCACUGCCUACAGAAUCAGCAUUCGGGCUUUCACACAGCUAUUUGAUGAGAAUCUGAAGGAAUUCACAAAACCACUCUAUUCAGACACAUUUUUCUCUCUGCCCAUCACCACGGAGUCAGAGCCCUUGUUUGGCGUCAUUGAAGGUGUGAGCGCCGGGCUGUUCUUGAUUGGCAUGCUGGUGGCUGUUGUUGCCCUUUUGAUCUGCAGGCAGAAAGUUAGCCACGGUCGAGAAAGGUCCUCCGCUCGUCUGAGCAUCCGCCGGGAUCGACCAUUAGCUGUGCACUUGAACCUGGGCCAGAAAGGUGCCCGGAAGACAGCUUGCCCCAUAAAAAUAAAUCAGUUUGAAGGGCACUUUAUGAAGCUCCAGGCUGACUCCAACUACCUGCUCUCCAAGGAAUACGAGGACUUAAAGGACGUGGGUCGAAACCAGUCAUGUGACAUCGCACUCUUGCCAGAGAACAGAGGGAAAAAUCGAUAUAACAAUAUAUUGCCCUAUGACGCUUCACGGGUGAAACUGUCUAACGUGGAUGACGACCCUUGCUCCGACUACAUCAAUGCCAGCUACAUCCCUGGCAACAACUUCAGAAGAGAAUACAUCGCCACUCAAGGGCCACUUCCUGGCACCAAGGAUGACUUCUGGAAAAUGGCGUGGGAACAGAACGUUCACAACAUCGUCAUGGUGACCCAGUGUGUCGAAAAGGGCCGAGUCAAGUGUGACCAUUACUGGCCAGCAGACCAGGAUGCCCUCUACUACGGAGACCUCAUCCUGCAAAUGCUCUCGGAAUCUGUGCUGCCAGAGUGGACCAUCAGGGAGUUUAAGAUAUGCAGUGAGGAACAGCUUGAUGCCCACAAACUCAUCCGUCACUUCCAUUACACUGUGUGGCCAGAUCACGGAGUCCCCGAGACCACCCAGUCCCUUAUCCAGUUUGUGAGAACCGUCAGAGACUACAUCAACCGGACCCCAGGCGCUGGGCCAACCGUGGUGCACUGCAGCGCCGGUGUGGGGAGGACUGGGACAUUCAUUGCGUUGGACCGGAUCCUCCAGCAACUGGACUCCAAAGACUCUGUGGACAUCUACGGAGCGGUCAACGACCUCCGGCUCCACAGGGUUCACAUGGUGCAGACCGAGUGCCAAUAUGUAUAUCUACAUCAAUGUGUGAGAGAUGUUCUCAGAGCCAGAAAGCUACGGAGCGAACAAGAAAACCCCUUGUUUCCAAUCUACGAAAAUGUGAAUCCAGAGUAUCACAGAGAUGCAAUCUAUCCAAGGCAUUAAGAACGUACCCAAAGAUCUCCUGGAUAAAACACUAUUCACUGUGGGAUUUCCUUUGUUAAUAUAAAAAGCUUGCUUCAUGCCGUAGAAAGGUGCAGGCUAUUUCUGUUGAUACUAUGUAUAAUUUAUUAAUCUGGAGAAUUUUAAAGAAUUUAUAUAAUUUAAAGUUAACAUAUAUCAUUGUACAUUGUUGUAUUUUGGCGUUCCUUCUGUAAAUAUGUAUUUUUUCAUAAUGUUUAAUAUUAAGCUUUAUAUAAUACAACUUUUCCACACUAAA